AAGGGCCCUGUGCGGCUCGGGGCUCGUCUGUGCUUUUGCGCCGUCGGGUGAACCCUCCCGUUGCAGCUUUCGUGCUGCGCUGGGUGUUCAUGAAGAACCUAAAUCGUCACAGAAGAGCUAAAAAAUCGUUAGUACUCUUAGAAUCCAGAGUGGUAGAUCUUUCAACAGACGAAGAGGAUGGAACACAUCAUUCUUCAGAAAGUAAAGAUGAUCAGAGUUCAUUUUCCGGUGGCUCUAGCUCUCUGGAAGACGAAGAAGUUUCAUCAGUAGUUUAUUCAUAUGAGAAUCACCACACGGCCUUGAAGGCUGAUUUGACGGUGUGCUGGGUUUUAGUCUGUUUCUCACGCCCUGUGUGCCUGGAUUCCCGAAGGGGAGGAACAGUAAACAUCCCUGAUGCAGCUUUUAUUCGGGCAGCCUAUAGAACACGUAAAUUGGCCAGGGCCCAAGAGGACUAUAUUUCUUUGGAUGUAAAGCAUGUCUCCCUCAUCUCUGGUACGAAGAAAAACAGUGAAGAUUCUGAGAGUGAGCCUGAUGAUCAUGAAAAGAUAAUUCCAUUUAUGCCAAAGCUUCAGACGCUUAGGCAAAGAAUGGCUGAAGAAACAACAACCAAAAAUGAAGAGACAAGCGAAGAAAGUCAAGAAGAUACAAAUCAGGAUAUUUGGGAACAGCAGCAGAUGAGGAAAGCAGUUAAAAUCACAGAGGGAAGAGACAUAGAUCUUUCUCACAGCAGUGACUCUCAAACAGUGAAGAAGUUUGAUGCUUCUAUUUCAUUUCCACCAGUAAACUUAGAAAUUAUAAAGAAGCAAUUAAAUACUAGAUUAACAUUACUGCAGGAUACUCACCGCUCACACCUGAGGGAGUAUGAAAAAUACAUACAAGACAUCAAGAGCUCAAAGAGUACCAUCCAGAACUUAGAGAAUUCAUCAAAUCAAGCUCUAAAUAUUAAAUUCUAUAAGAACAUGAAAAUUUAUGUGGAAAAUUUAAUUGACUGUCUUAGUGAAAAGAUUAUCAGCAUCCAAGAAAUAGAAUCAGCCAUGCACGCACUUCUUUUAAAACAAGCCAUGAUCUUUAUGAAACGCAGGCAAGAUGAAUUAAAACAUGAAUCAACGUAUUUACAACAGUUACCAUGCGAAGCUGAGACGUCAACAAAUAGAAGUUUGGCUGUAGAUGAGAAAAGUCAGUGGAGUUUAGAAGAGAUUGAAUCUCGAAGGGCACGACGAAGACAAGCAAGGGCACUUUCGGAGAAUUGUACUCACCAGGAAGGGACGUCUAGUGAUGAUGAACUACAUUCAGCAGACAUGACUGACUUCCAGAAAAGCCGAGGUGACAUUUUACAGGAUCGUAAGAAGAUAUUUGAAGAUGUACAUGAUGAUUUUUGUAACAUCCAGAACAUUUUACUGAAAUUUCAACAAUGGAGAGAAAAGUUUCCUGAUUCUUAUUAUGAAGCUUUCGUUAGUUUAUGCAUCCCGAAGCUUUUAAAUCCCUUAAUACGAUUUCAGUUGAUUGAUUGGAACCCUCUUAAGUUUGAUUCCAUAGGUUUAAAACAGAUGCCAUGGUUCACAUCUAUAGGAGAAUUUAUGGAGAGCAGUAUGAAAGAUGCAGGGAAGGAAGAUAGUUCUGAUAGGAAAAUCUUGUCUGCUGUCAUCAACAAAACAGUCAUUCCUCGACUUACAGACUUUGUAGAAUUCAUUUGGGAUCCCUUGUCAACCUCACAGACGAGAAGUUUAAUAACACAGUGCAGAAUGAUUCUCGAAGAGCAUUCCACUUGUGAAAAUGAAGUUAGUAAAGGCAAACAGGAUAUACUUAAAUCCAUUGGUUCAAGAAUGAAGAAGUCAAUAGAAGAUGAUGUUUUUAUUCCUCUGUAUCCAAAGAGUGCUGUAGAGAACAGAGCAUCACCACAUUCAAAGUUCCAAGAAAGACAAUUCUGGUCAGGCCUAAAGCUCUUCCACAAUGUUCUUCUUUGGAACGGACUCCUCUCAGAAGGCACUUUGCGGGAGCUAGGACUAGGGAAGCUGCUGAACCGUUACCUCGUUACAGCUCUUCUUAAUGCCACACCUGGGCCAGAGGUUGUUAAAAAGUGCAGCCAGAUAGCAGCAUAUUUACCAGAAGAAUGGUUCAAAAAUUCUACCAUGAGAGCAUCUAUUCCCCAGCUAGAAAACUUCAUCCAGUUUUUACUGCAGCUGGCACAGAAAUUAUCUAGAAGUGAAAUCAGGGAUGAAGUCAAGGAAAUAACUCUUAUUCUAGUGAAAAUAAAAGCUUUGAAUCAAGCAGAAUCCUUCAUAGAAGAACAUAACCUAGACCAUCUAAAAUCAGUAAUUAAAGAAGUUUGAGGAGACUUCAUAUGAAGGUACUGAAAUGAGAUGUUAAUAUAGUCACACUCGGCUCUUUUGCUUGGAGGGGGGUAAAAAAGCUGUCGCCUCUUCUUUAUUCUUAGUAACAGAGUGGGGAGGAUUUGUAAAAACAAAAAAGCAGGACUCUGAACUUCCGUUCCCUCCACCUUCUACCUUCUGAUAUCGUGAAGCCUGCCCCUCCUUUGUGGUAUUUGCAGGAAUUAAGCACACAGGAACAUUAAGAGUUUAAUAUAUUUUUGCUUGAUUCUUCUGGUGACUUUUCCAGCUUUAAGAAAGGAGUUGAAGAAAGCUUGCUUAUAGCUAUUUUGGUUUUGGUGAGUUUUCUGUCCUGAACCAUAAAAACAUUAUUAAUUCUCUUCAUUUUAACUAUGUCUAUUUACAAGUAAGUUAAAAUGAAAAUCUUAGUUGGAAUGAAUUAUUAAGUAUUUACUGAUUAAGGCAUUGAGACUUGUGAUGACUAAUGCUUGUCAGAUUGUUCUGAAACCUGCACCAGUGCAUUGCACCAGCACAAGGGUAAGAGAGGCCAGUGAGUCUCCACCAGUAAUAGGUAUUACCGUUUUUUUAACUCAUUUGCACUUAAUAGGUGGCAAAAAUCUUAAUUAUUUAUUUUGACUACUAGAGUGACUACUUGUUUUUUGGCCAUUUGUAAUUCUUUUUGAAAUAUCUAUUAAUAUUUUUCUCACAGACUUAUAAGAGCUGUAUAUUUUAAGGAUAAUCAUGUUUUGCCUGUGAUAUGUUACAGUUUUCCGUUUGCUGUUUUCUUUAAAUUUGUGUAUGUUUUUGGUGUACUAAGUGUUUGGAUGUUACAGAUAGUUAUUACUCCUUUUUGUUAUUUUUUUUUUGUCAUUGGUGGUAGGCUUAGAUAGGAAACAAGUAUUUUAAAUAUUCAGACCGUAUGAUUCAUUUUCUGAUAAAAGAUUUAGUAAUUUAGAAAGUCUGAGGGACAGUCAUUGAAUCAAAUAGAAAUUGAGAACAUUUUUCAAAACAUUUUUCAAAGUGAGUUUACUAAUUUUUCUUGAAUCUGUUUAAGUAAGUUGAGCGCAACCCUAAAUGGACAUUAUGUAAAUUGUCCAGAAAAUAAUCAGGAAAAUUGAUUAUAUUGUAGAAUUUGAGCAUGUGGCCUCUAACCUUAUCACCGCUAGUUUUGAAGCUGCAUGUAAUAUAUUUUAACAGACUGGCAUGUAAUUUCUACUGCAGUGAAGACUCAUAAUUCACUGGUAUGAACGUUUUUUUAAAGUUUACUUUAGUUCCAUAAAUUACACAAUAAAUUCUCAUAUAGAAGAGUCAAGCCAUUGCUAAAAAGGUUUUAACAUUCUUAAACAAUUAUUGUUCCCAGAAGUAACUGCUAUUUUCAUUUUGUUACCCUUUCAGAUCUUUUCUCUUCUUAUAUGUGUGUGUAUACACAUACAGCUUUUUAUAUAAACGGCAGAUGCUUUAUUGUGUAUAAAAUUUGUAAUUUUUUUUACUAUUAAAGUAUACAUUUGAAAUUU